AAAGAGUCUCUUCUCAUUACUCAUUAGUGUUUCAAGACGACUCCAAGAAUUUGAUCGGCUUCUCAUGAUCUGGAUCCUAUGGCAAAAAGUCGAAUGAAGUUAUCAAAGAAUUGGGUCAGAUUUCUGAACGGUCUAAAACCUUUCUUAGCCCUAUCGUCUUUAAGUCAUGUGUUCUUGCUCUUCUCUUCAUCUGUAUCUUGUCUUCAUUGCAUCCGAGAUCUCCAUGGCUAUCUCAUCACUAUGUCGUACUUGGUGCUGCCCCGCCUCCUUCAGCCAAGAGGGACGCCAAAACCGGCCGGGAGUAGGAAAAUCGCUAAUGAGUUCACAAUAACCAAGGGUGAGAUUGCCAUGUGUGCCAUGUCAUUGGUGACAUCACCGGAGUGGUCCCCACACAAGCCAAUAUUCUCUCAACUACAUCAACGCCUUUGAAACACAAGUAAUGCAGUGAUCAUUUCAUGUUUUUGUGCAGUGGCAAAGGAUUUCACUGAGUUAGAAGUGGCAGAGGUAAAUGCGCACACACACACA